CAAACGCGACUUUUAGUUUGAUCCGGACGCAUCUAAGCGAACACGGAAGUGAGUGUGAUUUCACCUCUUGCCUCAGCGCCGUCUUCUUUUCUGAUGAACCCAUAGCAUCAGUGUCGUGAACAUCAGAGGUCCCUUUUGUGGCGAGAAAUUAGACGGUAUAAUGCCGCUCACGCAGAGACCAAGGGUGACAGAUGUGACGAGUGACAAGUGAAGGAGCUCUGAUCCACCAUGGGAAAUACGCCAUCAAAGAGUGGCAGCGGAGAGGAACCGGUCAAAACAACUUUGUUUGAAAAGGAGCCAAGUGGGAUAACAUACAGGAUUCCUGCCCUUAUUUAUCUGAGGCACUGUCACACCUUCCUCGCCUUUGCAGAGAAAAGAUCCUCGCCCUCUGACAAUGAUGCCAAAAUCCUUGUUAUGAGAAGAGGAACACUGAAAGAUGAUGGAUCUGUUCAGUGGUCCUCCAGUCAGGAGCUGUCAACAGCAUGCCUGCCAAACCACCGCACUAUGAAUCCCUGCCCUGUGUAUGAAAAAAACAACAAAACACUGUUUUUAUUUUUCGUCUGUAUCUGGGGAAACACCUCAGAGUGCAGGCAGAUCAUGACAGGUAAGAACAAGGCACGUCUUUGCUGUGUGAGCAGCAGCGAUGACGGACAAACCUGGAGUCAAGCAAGAGACUUAACAGAAAGUGUUAUUGGUGAGACUAUCCAUAAGUGGGCCACAUUCGCUGUGGGACCGGGCCACGGUGUGCAGCUGGAAAAUGGCAGAUUGAUCAUCCCAGCGUACGCUUACUACGUCCCUUACAGAUGCUGUUCCGUCCCCAUUCCCUUUACAGUCUACCCACGUGCACUGUCACUUUAUAGCGCGGACUUUGGCCAGACUUGGCAAAUAGGUAAGAUGCUUCGGAAAAAGUCAUGUGAAUGUGAAAUGGCAGAGAUCAUAGACCACGAGGGCAGGAGUCAUCUUUACUGCAAUGCUCGUAACACUGGAGGCCACAGGUGUGAGGCCCUGAGUGAGAACAGCGGUGUGUAUUUUGACAAACCCCACAUUGCUUCAGAGCUUGUUGAGCCACCUUCAGGCUGUCAAGGCAGUGUCAUUGGCUUUCCUGCUCCUGAGUUUGUCCCCAACGAUGAUGCUGAAAGCAAAGCUUGUGGCACGUCGCUCCUGUCUCCAGACACACAAACCUGGCUCCUUUUCAUCCACCCAACUAACAAGUCUGGCAGAAGGGACAUGGGCGUGUAUUUGAACCGAUCCCCCCUGCACUCCUCAGGGUGGGACAGGCCUAGGAUCAUCCACAGCGGGCCCAGCGGCUACUCCGACCUGGCUUACAACGGAGACAAGGAUCAGUUUUCCUGCCUGAUGGAGUGCGGGAAGGAAAGUGAACUUGAGCAGAUCGCGUUCUUGUCGUUUACCCUUAAUGAUGUCAUGCAGACAGGCAGCAAGAAAGACAAGAAGAUGCGCUGAAGUGCGGUUGCUUUAUUUCUGUAUUAACAAAGCUCUUUAACAUUCUCCCGCAACCUAAAAACCCAAGCAAAAGUCACUAAAUAUGCUGUGCAGUAACAUCUGUCUGUGUUUACUGUUGUUCUACAGUCUGGAGAUGAUAAUGCAUGCAUGAGUCGUGUGUUUUGUUGUCUCCUUGUUUACAUGAAGAAGUAAUCCAAGUCUUAAUAGUAUUAAUAUGCAAGCAGUCGUGUAAGGAAGGAAACUAUUUUUAAUAGGUUGGGUGGCUGAUUGCGAGCAUGCUGUGCUGGACUGUCAUCUUAAAAACAGGCUUUGUGUGUAGCAUGUUUGACGAGUACUUCAUGCCCAUUUCUGCAUCUUAUUAAACUGUCAGUGUGUUCUGAGCAGUGGAGAGAAUUUGCCUACCUCUUUUUAUUUUCAUACGAAGAUCAUAGCAGGCCUUGUAAAGUAGAGCGUAGAGUUUCCUUCAUGCUCAGUCGCUCCUUUACAUUUAGUAUACUCUGAUUCACAUAUGCCUUCGACUCCACUGUUUAAACUCAAGCCUGUCAGUGCACAACCUUUCCUGUGGGUCACAGUGAGCGCCGCACAGUUGGCAACAAAACUGGACAGAGAAUUUAAACAUUGACUUUUUACUCGCCACAUCCAGCUAAUCAAUGAAGAGACCAACCAAACUGUACCACACCUAUGAGUUUGGGGAGAGCAGAGAGAUGCUUCUGAGCAUUUUUGGCUACUUUGUACUGUACAAAGAUUUCUAUCACAUUCAUUUUCAAAAGCAAUAUUUCCCUUGGUUUUAUUAUUUAUUUUCCGGCACAUUCAGCAUGAUUUUCUGAACAGGCUUUUUCCCCCAGGCAUCAUUAAUUUAGUGCAGUAUCAUGGCCAGGUAUGAUUGGCUGGCUGUUGGUUAUAAAGUGAAAGCAUGUGACAGCAUGUAGAAGAAGACUCACUAUUUAUAAAGCCACUAGGAAUUUGCGCACACACACACACACACACACACACACACACACACAUACACACACACUAUUGUACACACUAAUGUACUGAGCGACUUUAACUUCCAUCUUUGCCUAAUGUUGUGAGGCAAAAAGCCUCCUGGUGGUUCCACACUAGUUUCAUUGUGUUUUUGUUGACUGUUGUGGAAAGUGACAAAACCUGCAUGAAACAUGUAUUUUAGUAGAAAAUAAAAGUAACCUGUGACCACGCGA